AUAGUGUUUAAGGGUAUUUCAGCGUUAAAAUUGGUCAAUCAGCUUAUUAUUCAUUUGUUAAAUAGGUGUCCUCAUUUUAGUGUUUGUGUGUAUACGCCGAGGACCAGGGUUUGAGUGCUUAUCCAUGGCUGCCUCUGCAACACUUAGGGUUUUCAUCAUGGCCCUUCUCUUCCUCUCAUCUCCAUUUCUCACAGUUGUUAGGUGUCAAGGAGAAGGAGAGUCUGAUGUGGAAGGGGUGGAGGCUGUAGAGAGCGGUGAUCUUGGAAUUGUUGGUGAUGAUUUCCAGGACUCUGUGGAAGCAGUUUUUGGUUCGGCUCCUGGUGUAGACACAAUUUGUCUCUUCCCAAAGAAUCCUGGAAAAGUGGUACCGGCUGGGGAGGAAACUGAACUGCUAGUAGGCGUGAAUAAUGAGGGUGAGUCACCUUUGAAGGUUCUUACAAUGAGGGCCACCCUUCAUCUCCCUUUUGAUCAUAAGCUACUUGUUCAGAAUCUUACCCUACAGGAAUUCUAUAAUGCAUCAGUGCCACUUUCAGUACAAUCAACAUUUCCUUAUAUAUUUGCUGUUAACAAAUACUUACAGCCUGGUUCAUUUGAUCUUGUGGGUACUAUCAUGUAUGAGGUAGAUGAACAGCAGUAUCAAAGUGUAUUUUACAAUGGUACUAUUGAAGUUGUUGAGGCUGGUGGCUUCGUAAGUGUUGAGUCUGUGUUCUUGUUUACUCUUGGACUCGCCCUCAUUGGUCUCUUUGGGUUAUGGAUAUAUGGUCAAAUACAGAACAUCUCUAAGAAAACCAAGAGGGUGACUAAGGUGGAAGUGGGAACUAAAACUACUGAUGCUUCGAUGGAUGAGUGGUUGCAGGGAACUGCAUUUACUCAGUCAAACAAGUCCAAGAAGAAGAAAUAGAGCAUCUCGGUGACAGCCUCGGGGCAGAUGGGCUCUCUUUGUAAUCCAGUGCAGUUGUAAGAUCGAAUAGGCGAGGUCAGUUUAGACAGUUGCAGUGAAGCUGCUUCGAAGUAAGAUGAGAAGCUUACCUUUGCGGUUAUCAUUUUCAUGAAAGAGUUAUUGACUUUUAUGUUUCUUUUGUAGAGUGUUUUAGAUUUCACAUGGAGUGAGUUAGGUGGCCUAAUAUUUUUCUGGAGAGAAAAAAAAAAAAAACAAUUUUGUUUUGCUUUGGAUUGUUUAACAGAACUUCAUGAAGAAUGUUCACACUAAUCUUUCCAUUCUAGUGCGCCCAUAUCCUUUUGGGCAUAUUGAUAUCUA